AUGGUCAGCAGCAUGAUCAGCUCUCACAAGUGUACUGUGGAUGAGGACAGUGGACCAUACAUGAUUUUGGCUGUCUUGGCACCUUCUCAUGACAGCCCUAUAAAUGCAGGCGGGCUCCUCAGUCCCUACACACUGGGCUCCUGCUCACCCACCCUCCCGGUGACUCUCAGUCAGAAGACACUUGUCCUCCUCUCUGUCCUUGCCCUGCUGGCCUUCCUGGCCCAGGCUGAUCCUCUUCCAGAAGCAGCUGAGGAGACUAAAAAUGAGGUUCAGCCAGGGGUAGAGGACCAGGAUGUGUCCAUCUCCUUUGGGGACCCAGAAGGCUCUGCUCUUCAAGAUGCAGCCUCAAGAAAGUUCUCGAUAUGCAAAUGUAAAAGACGAUACUGCAGAUUACCAGAACGCAUCAGGGGAUUCUGCAAAAGAGGCCGCAAACUCUACUUUUACUGCUGCCUCUAA